UUGCCACGGCAGCUAGUGGGAAAGACCUUUAUCCUGCUACUCUUGUCCUCCGCGGCUUGCGCCACCCCAGGCCAGCUUCCAUAGCAGCUGCAGCUGCUUCAUUCAGCAUCCGUCUUAGCCUCCCCAGGUGCCGGCGGCCUGGGCCAAGCCAUCGCCUACAGUUCGGUGAGUGCUUCCCUGCCAAAAAGCUAAUAAUGGAAGGGUUCAGAGAACACAGCACAGCCGGUGAAAAGGGCCCAUUACUCGGUGCUGUGGCAGCCACAGCCUCUCCUCAGUCUUUGAUGGAGUACUCCCCAGACGUAGAUUUUAUUGAGAGGCAGCCUCUGGUGGUUAAGUACCGAGUGUACACUCUCAAAAAGCUUCAGACCAAAUGUGCCGUCCUAGAGGCCAAGUACCUGAGGGAAUUUCAUUCCAUCGAGAGAAAGUUUGCUGCCAUCUAUGAACCCUUAUUGGAAAAGAGACGGCAGAUCACCAAUGCACUGUAUGAGCCCACGAAAGAGGAGUGUGAGAGAUGAAGUUCAAGGUCGCGGACUAUGAAUAUAAUGAGGUGGCCGGUGAUUCUAAUGCUCAGAUACAUGGUCCAGAGGAGAAUCCAGAGUAUGAGAACUUGGUGGAGGAUUGUGAGGAGGAUUUCGAGGAUGUCGGGGAGGUGUUUGGGGAGUAUAAAGGAAUCGAGGGACAUAAUAUGGACGGAGAAAAAGAGAAUCCUACAGGGAUCCCCGAUUUCUGGCUCACGGCUUUAAAGAAUGUCCAGGAGGUGGCCCCGCUGAUUAAGAAAUAUGACUAGGCCGGGCGCCGUGGCUCACGCCUGAAAUCCCAGCAUUUUGGAAAGCCGAGGCGUGCGGAUCACAAGGUCAGGAGGUCGAGACUUUCCUGGCUAACACGGUGAAACUCAGUCUUUACUAAAAAUACAAAAAAAAAAAGAAAAAAGAAAUUAGCCGGGCGUGGUGGCACGCCCCUGUAGUCCCAGCUGCUCAGGAGGCUGAAACAAGAGAAUCGCUUGAACCCAGGAGGUGGAGGUUACAGUGAACUGAAAUUGCGCCACUACACUCCAGACUGGGCUACAGAGCAAUACUCCGAAAAAACGAAACAACAACGACAAAAGUAUGACGAUCCCAUUCUGAAGCUCUUGCGAGACGUGAAAGUCAAGUUUCCAAAAUCCAAGGAGCCACUCACUUUUACACUGGGAUUUCACUCCGAACCCAACGACUACUUCACAAAUGAGGUGCUGAUCGAAACAUACACCCUCAAGUCUAAGCUCGAUUACUGUGACCCCCACCCCUUCAGGGGAUCUGCGGUAGAGUAUUGCUUUGGCACCAUGAUAGAAUGGAAGAAGGGAAAGAACGUCACUGUGCAAACGGUCCUGAAAGACACAGCUUUGGGGAGCUGAUGUGUACCGCAACCCGGGAAUUUCCCCAAGAGUCCUUCUUCAAUGCUCUCCAGUGGGGCCUAGAUGCUAAUGAGGAUGACCUCAUCAGCUCACACCUUGCACACUUUUGUCAUCUCAAGAGCUGUGUUAUACUUUACAGGAGAAGCCCUUGAGGCAGAGCAAGAGGCUAUGAUCGGGGAAUGUAAUAACCCGGUUUAUGACAGAAUGACUCAGGAGAAUUGGGUGACUGCAGUUUACGGUGCUAAAGGCAAAAACCGAAACUCCCAGGCAGAAGUCAACGAUUGUUGAAGCAGAAUGGUUGGAGUAUGUGGGCCCCCAGGUUAACAACCGGCUUUUACAAUAACCAAAACUUAAUCAUUCCUUACUUGCAGUCUUCACGUGACUCUUCUUGGUAGUCUUCAAUUUAAAAUUAUGUCCAAAUAUAUUUAACAAUGCAUUUCACCUAGCACUCCAGUGGUAUAAACUUUGUCAACAAUUUUAUUAGGCAGUGAAUUCUCAAAGUAUGUGAAGACUUUACUAUUGUGAAUCCAUUGCUUUUUUUAGGUUGCUAUUAGGCUGCAGCUAUGAAAAAUUACCAGAACUUGUAACUGAGAUCUAUGUUUGGGAUUGUAAAGUGAAGCGAGAUAGCAUCCUU